AAACAUCCCUGUAUUACAUGUACUUUGUUUAGAACCUAACCACAUGUGUGCUCAUGCAUUGAUUGAAGAUCAGGGAACAAGUUUGGCCCGAACUCGUGGGAACAGCUGAGCUUUUUCUGUUGUGGUUGACGUUAGAAAAUGACAAGAACGAAAUGAUAAAGUGAGACACUCAGUUAACAGCACAACAUAACAAGAACCAGCAUCAUGGCAUUUAUGCAGCAACAGCAGCAACAACAGCAGAUGCAAAUAAAGGAGUUCCGUGAUUUCCUGUCUUCUUACAAUCGUUUGACGGAAUCCUGCUUCACUGACUGCAUCAAAGACUUCACGGGAAGAAAGCUGUCGGACAAAGAGAGCAAGUGCGCCUCCAACUGCAUGGAGAAGUACCUGAAGAUGACGAUGCGGGUUUCGCAGCGCUUCCAAGAAUAUCAGGUGCAACAGAAUGAGGGACUGAUGGCUGCAAAACAGGCGGCUAUGGGGGGACACUAGUUAGAAGAAAAUUGGAAGAGUUUGCAGAAAGAUGAUGUCAGUCAUGCUCCCGAGUGCGAAACCAUUAGUCCCUGCGCUGCCCCAAACCGCCCUACCUGUUAGUGUUACUCCAUGUACCGCCCAAAACCGCCCUGCACUCUAUGGUUGUAUGGAUUCGUCGGGGAAUAAAUACAAUGUAAUACAAUGUACUACAAGUGUUAAUAGGUUAACACCUCCAUGGUGGAUUCACUUGCUGGUGAAACUACCUUCUACACUUCUCAAGAUUUCAGGUUGAGUGUUCAUUGUAGCCACGGGCGUAUCUUGUACGAUUAGUGUUUUUGUGCCACUCAGGGCAACUUGUAAAUCGAGUCCUUUACUUGUUGGUUUAACGUCGGAAUUUUUUAUACCUGAAUCGUACUGGAUUCCAGACUGUGUAAAGAAUAGUUCUUUAAACUUUUUUUUUAUUAAUAAACUUACCAAAUAAUUAAAUAAUUAUUCAAUAAAAAAUAAAAAAUGAUGGCACACAUUGGUUGACCCCGGUGUUACACACACACACAAAUUGCUUUGAAUAGGGAAACAUCCAGAAUACCUUGCAUUUAUUUAAAAGUUAGCAUUUCCUGAUAAAGGCAAUAGGAACGUAAUUUACAUGGAUGAUUUCCUUACUAGAAAUAAUGAGGUCAUGAAUGUUUGGUGCCACUAUUGGGUGUAUUUGUUUUCAUUUUGUAGUAUUAAAAUGACACAAUUUUAAUUGCAUUUGAUCUCGAUUAAACAUAAAAAUGGAAAAUUUGUAACUU